CAGGGAUUUACCUUUGUUUGCAUUUUGCAUGUGGCGACGGCGGCGAGUCCUCAUAAGGCUGGCCUGUAGCAAAUAGCAUGACGCACAGAUGCAGACAAUUUAUCGAGAUAGAAGAGAACUGGGGAGGGGCAGAGUGUUUUCUGCUGUUGCUGAACGUUGCUGGCGCUGCCCGAAUCGAUCAAAUCGCGCAUGUGAAGGAAUAACGGGAAAGUCCAGAGAAUCUGAUUGGGCAGCUGUCAAAAGUAGGCAAAAAUCCGGAAACUUCUCCGGCCAGUGCAGUCCAGCCUUGUCACGAUUUCCAUUGGCUGAAACGAUCCAACUCGAGUUAUAAACGGUUUCCGAGAGUUCGCCGGUCGCCUCUGAGAUAUUAGCAACAGCAUCAAAUCGACAGCCUCGCGCAAGUUCAUGCAAAACAGCUUGUAAAUAAACUACAAUAUGAGAUAUUGCAUUCUGCACGCCGAACAAUUUCCUUAAACUUUAAAAACAGCCAUGCAAUCCUAUAGAAUAGGGACAAAGCUCCUGGUUAGCAGCGGUAACCACCAGUGUCAUUGGCUUGCUGUAGCAACGGGAUCUCAUCAGGCUGGGAAAAUUCAUGGGACGCUUUCUCAAAGGCCAGAGAAGCUCGACAACAUUCGGAGGAGCAAAUCGUUCAACGACAACGCUCUUCUACCGCUGCUUGACCCUGCCCGUUUCAACGACAAUAUAAAACUGCUGCAGGCUCGAUCUUGUUCAUGGUGGAGUGUAAGAUUGUUGUACACCAAAGUUGAUGUGUUUGUUAUUACAUAUGAACACUUCAUCUCCUCGACGCAAACGCAUCGCCCCAACAUGUCCUCACAACUUCUUGCCAGUAUUGGCAAGGAACAGACGAGAUGUCGGCUGUGCAGUCGGCAGCCUGAUCCAGAUGAUCAACUGCCCUCCCGUCUCGUCCAGUCUUCAGCCGAGUGAUACCCCUGCUCAAUCGGCGACCAUCUAGACUGUUGAAGGAUAGUUUCCUCCCCUCUUCCUGUUGAAAGCUCUCUGGUCCUUCAGCCAACGACGGUAUCCGGCCACACUGUUCACUUUUUCACCGUAGAAAUCGGGCACUGGGUUGUUGGUGCUUGCUCCACUUGGGUUGACUCGAU